GCGGCGCGAGCAGCAGCUCCUGAGAGCCGCGAGUUGGCAGAACCGGCUGCAUUUCCAGCAGGCGCUGCGCGCACCGUGCGGGCUCCCAAGAUGCUCAAGGUGUCAGCCGUGCUGUGUGUGUGCGCGGCCGCUUGGUGCAGUCAGGCUCUCGCAGCUGCCGCGGCCGGGGCUGCGGCCGGGGGGCGGUCGGACGGCGGCAAUUUUCUGGAUGAUCAGCAAUGGCUCACCACCAUCUCGCAGUACGACAAGGAAGCCGGACAGUGGAACAAAUUCCGAGACGAUGAUUAUUUCCGCACUUGGAGUCCAGGAAAAGCCUUUGAUCAGGCUUUAGAUCCAGCUAAAGAUCCAUGCUUAAAGAUGAAAUGUAGCCGCCAUAAAGUAUGCAUUGCUCAAGAUCCUCAGACUGCUAUCUGCAUUAGUCACCGAAGGCUUACACACAGUAUGAAAGAUGCAGGAGUAGCUCAUAAGCAGUGGAGGGGUCCAAUAUCUACCUGCAAGCCAUGCCCCGUGGUCCACCCCAGCCCCGUUUGUGGUUCAGAUGGCCAUACUUACUCUUCUCAGUGCAAGCUAGAAUAUCAGACAUGUGUCUUAGGAAAACAGAUCUCAGUCAAAUGUGCAGGACGCUGUCCAUGCCCUUCUGAUAAGUCCACAGGUACAAGCAGAAAUGUUAAGAGAGCAUGUAGUGACCUGGAGUUCAGGGAAGUGGCAAACAGACUUCGGGACUGGUUCAAGGCCCUUCACGAAAGUGGAAGCCAAAACAAGAAGACAAAAGCUUUGCUGAGGCCUGAGAGAAGCAGAUUCGAUACCAGUAUUUUGCCAAUCUGCAAGGAUUCACUUGGCUGGAUGUUUAACAGACUUGAUACAAACUAUGAUCUGCUACUGGACCAAUCAGAGCUGGGAAGCAUUUACCUUGAUAAGAAUGAACAGUGCACCCAGGCAUUCUUCAAUUCUUGUGACACAUACAAGGACAGUUUGAUAUCAAACAAUGAAUGGUGCUAUUGCUUCCAGAGGCAGCAAGACCCACCUUGCCAGACGGAGCUCAGCAAUAUUCACAAGCGGCAAGGGGUGAAGAAGCUCCUAGGACAGUACAUCCCCCUCUGUGAUGAAGAUGGUUACUACAAGCCAACACAAUGCCAUGGCAGUGUUGGGCAGUGCUGGUGCGUUGACAGAUAUGGAAAUGAAGUCAUGGGAUCCAGAACAAAUGGUGUUGCAGACUGUGCUAUUGAUUUUGAGAUCUCUGGAGAUUUCGCCAGUGGGGAUUUCCAUGAAUGGACUGAUGAUGAGGAUAAUGAAGAGGAUAUUAUGAAUGAUGAAGAUGAAAUUGAAGAUGAUGAUGAUGAAGAUGAAGGGGAUGAUGAUGAUGAUGGUGAUGACCACGAUGGAUACAUUUGAUUGAUGAGAGCUGAGAUCAAUAAAUUCUACAUUUCUAUCAUUUACAAA